GUGCCCAGUGCUGGCAACAGAGUGGUUGAGGACUUGGAAGGUGGCAAGUGCUGCCCAGUGGCCAGCCCACUGUGUAGCUGCCUGGUGCCCUGGGCGUCCAGGCUCUGUCCCUGCUGGCUUCUGCCUGCUGACUGUUCUCAUAGGCUGGGAGAUACCAUAGUCUCUCUGGCUGCUGUUAUAUAAUCUCUCUCCAGUAGGGUUUUUUUUUUUUUUUUUCUUCAGUCUUCCUCUAGGUCUUCCCUGGGAGGUGUGAUGGGGAGGAGGAGGCAGAGGGUGACUCCCCCAGGUGGGGGGCUUGAGGAGGGUGUGCCCUAGACCCUGAAGAGGACUGAGGGAGGAGGCUUUGGGGUUAAGCCCUCACUGGUUGCGGCCCUGCCCUGGGGAGGUGCCUAAGCUGCGGCUGUCCCUGGCCCUCCUGCCCCCAGAGAGGCUUGGCCUGGUGCCCGUCCGGCGGCCUCUUCCUGGCCUGCUGGGCCUCUGCCCUCCCUGGUGGGGACAGGCUCUGGAAUGUCGGCGCUUAACCAUGGAUGCUUUCCCACCCACCUGUGUCCCUCCAGGGGAAAGGGGGACCAGGGGCCAGGGGCUGGGUCCCACAUGUCCCUGGUCGUCUUUGAUCCUGGCCUUUUCGGGGAGGAGUUGGCCAGGUGUGGCUCAGCCAGGCCUUGACGGCUUGGAGGCGGUCACAGGUGUUCAUCCAGGUUCUCUAGGUGGGCGUGAGACUCAGGUGUGGGCCUCAAACCCGCUGUCCUGGGGCACGUUCUGUGUCAGGUGGCCCUGUGAAGGCAGGACUCGCCCCACCCCUUGAGACCAUGGCUGGCUGUCCAGGCUCUGUGAGGCUAGCUGGUUUGAGGCAAUUAUCCACCUCUUACAGGGAAGCAGGAGAUGGUGGUGGGGCCAGCGCGGUCUUAGCAUCACUGUAAUCGCUGGUGGCUUUUAUGAGCCAGUCAUGGGGCCGGAGUCCAGCCAACCCUCUGUCCUUCUGUCCCAGUUUGGUGACUUACUCAUGGGGGGAGAGGGCGGUAUUAGGUCCUAGGAGCCCUGUUCUAGAAGCUGGAUGUCUGGCUGUGUUGUGGUUGAUGUCACUCUGGCUGUCCAUGAUUAUAGCAGGCAGGAUGAAGGUUAGACUUCAGGAAGAACUUCCCACAGGAGUUAGGUUGAGGAGAGAUGGCUCCAGUUGAGCCUGGAAAAGAGGGGAUGUCAAAGCAGUUUCGUCUGCUGUAGCUCAGCUGAAAGGCCUUGCCCUUUGGCCUAGUAAGGUUAGUGCUGCCUGGCUACUGGAAUAUAUUAUUUUCUCCUCUCUCCCCCCAGCCUGCAGCUGAGAAUGUUCUGAGGAGGGUUUGUCCUUGGAGCUCUGGCAGGGCUGGCUCUUGGGCCCCUUCCCCCAGCAGAGGAGCGUGGGUGGGGGUCUUGUGCACCCUGGCAUGCCCAGAGGCACCUGGGAAGUGUGCAGUAUUUAGUGGCACAUAUGCAUGAAGGUGUGCAGUGUGGUGCAGACAUGCAUACACACACACAUGUGUGUGUGUAGACACCCACAGAGCAGCUGCCACCCUGCAGGGGGCGGGGAUAGUGAAUGGCAAAGGUGAUUAAAGGAUUGCAGAGAGGGGAUGGGGUGAGGGACUGGCGGCGAGACAGCGAAGGGCACAGCGAGAGCUUGGAAGAGAGACACAUUGAGUGGUGCGGGAGGGGUUGAGGUUAGACCACAGAUGGGCAGACAGGGCUCUUGUCUGCGAAGUGGAGAGCAUGGCUGGGAGUCCUGGCUGACUGCCACACCUGCUCUGUGACCCUCCUGCAGCCUGCCCAGCCUGCCUCUGGCCCUCACAGGGACUGGGUGUCCUGGGUAAGUCGCUCCCCCGGGCCUCAGCUGCCCGGCCCACAGGCGGUUCACCUUUCGGUGCUGGGAGCACCUGGGUGUUGGCGUGGUGCCCGCCCCUGCUGCCCUCCCCUGCUCACCCUCACCCCUGGAGGGCGUGGCUGCUCCAAGGUCUCAGGGCUGCAUUUUGGGACGGGUCCUUGGCCCGGGCAAUCCCUAAGGCCCUCUGUCUCUGACCUCUUCCCAAGGCCCAGGCCACCAUGUCCCCUGCCUGGUGUGGAGCCUCUGCUCAGGCCCCUGAUGGCCUGGGUGUGGGGGCGGUGGUGCCUGGCGUCUGAUCCCUCUCCUUUCUAGCCUGGGCUGGGAGGGGAAGGACUUGUCCGAAGCUCUGGCCUGUCGCUGGCCACACCCAGGCGGGACCAUAUUUACUCAUUUAAACUUACCCUCCCAGGAGGCUCUGGGCUCUAGGCCUGGUCACUGACCUUGGCCUUGUGCCUCUGGCUGGUGCUCGGGCCACUCCCCUGAGGUGGGCAGUGGCAAAAGCACAGAGAGAAGGAGCCUUUUUUGCCCCCCCGGCCAAAGGAGCUGUACCCCGACGCACAUGCCCACUACCUAGUUUCCCAGAAACUGGCACUUUGGAGAUCCCCAGGGGCUGGAGGAAGGAGGCGUCCAUUUCUUGUCCCCGCAUUCCACCGGGCCUGGCAGUGCGUGGAGAGGUGUUUGCUCUCCCCACGGCUGUUACUCAUCAUUGGGGAAACCGAGUCUCUGCGGUUGAAGACGUGGGCUUUCCCAGGUUCCCAGGCGUUGAGGGUGUUUUUCUCGGAGGAAAGGGGGGCUCCUGCCUGUGGCAUGGGGCGGCGGGAGGGAGGCCCGAGGAGGCCCGAGAGUAGUGGACAGCAAGAGCAGACCAGGCGGAUGCUGGCAAGAGGGCAGAGGACGAAGGUUGGUGCCAAGCUGAGAGGGACGUUGCUUGGGUUCCCCGAGGAGUCAUUGUCUUUGAGUGUCGGGGGAGACAACUCCUGAAGCACGAGUGUGCGAGCAGGAGCUACAGCCACUCAGACACCCCUCCUGGGUCCCCUUCACGUCUCCCUGAGUGGCGGUGCGGGCUGGGUGAGGGGACCCGGAGCGCCUGGCUUGUCUGACCCAGAGGAGCCUCCCAGGGCGAGGGUGGGGAAUGUGCCAGGGAAGCGGUGUGCCCUGGCUCCCCGGGGAGGGAGCCCCCUUCCUGCUGUCAGCCCAGGCCUCGGCACUCAGGCCACCUGUGCCACUGGGUCCUGGUGACUGUGGGCGAGUCCCUGCUCAUCUCUGAGCUGGCUUCCGUGUCUGCAAGGGAAGUGUGGGAGAGCGCUGGGGAGGUGGGUCCUCAACAGGGGGCUGCAGCCAUUCUUCCAGACCUUCGGCCUCAGCCUGGCGAAGGCAGCUACCCAGAAGCCGGGGUGGGACGGCGCAGUGUCUGCUGAGGAGGCCUGAGGCUUGGUUUGGCCUUGGGAUGGGGGAGGAAGCAGAGCCCAGCCUUGUCCUCCCUGUCCAGCCAUUUCCUUGUCUCAGGCCCUGCCCUCUGCACCCGUGGGCCUGUGGGUGUCACCGGGUCCCUCUGGCUGCAGGGUUACUUGUUCCUGGCGAUUCCCUUGCCCCUGACCCUAGCAGCAACUACCUGGGGUUGAGGGUCGAGGAGAGAUGGCUCCAGUUGAGCCUGGAAAAGAGGGGAUGUCAAAGCAGUUUUGUCUGCUCUAGCUCAGCUGAGGGUCGGGAGAACAGAGAACAAGAGCGAGCCGGUCCUGAGACCUCAAGGGGAAAAUGCAGGCAGGAGGGUUAGGAUGGCAGAAGAGGGCUUGGUCUCUUCUCGGGAUCUUCCCCCUCCAGUUGGAUCCAGCAGCACGGAGGCAAGGGGCUGAGCACAGGGCUUCAGGGAUGACCUUGAACCUCGAGGGUAUCCCAUCAGAGCAUGCUGUGUGAUGUGUUUGCUGGAGGGCUGAUGGGCUGAUGGUCUGAGGUAGACCGUGAGAUGGUAGGCCAGGUAGCGCCUGGUAUCGAAGCCUCAGGUCUUCCCCACCCCUUCCCCAGCCCCCACAACUGCUGCGUCCAUGCUGACUCUUCUUACGCACGCUCUGUGGCAGGCCACGGGGCCCAGGCUGGCUGGGUGGGGACAGGUGUUCAGGCCCAGCUGCUCCUUUGUGUCUCCCCCACCUGUCAGCCCCGGGGUGGGGAGCUGGGAGGGAAGGGAGAGGAGCCCCUCACCUGUUCCCAAGGACGGGGCCCUGGUUGUGAGGCCUCACAGAAGGGUUGAGAGUAGACAAGGGGCAAAGUGCCGGAUCGGGGCGUUGGCAGGGCUCCUUGCUGGCGGAAACCAGAGGGGUCUUCACACAGCGUCCACGCAGGGGUGAGAAGCCAGGUGUCGGUGUGGGGCACAGGUCUGGGCGCCCGUCUCUGCCUAGCCUUGUGCAGAUACCGUUCCCCACCCCUGCCCGCCAAGUCCCCCUCCAUCUGGCUGGGCAUCUUAGCCUCACCUGGCACCUGUCCUGAAAGCAGCAAGCUAAUCCUGUAAGAGCUGCCUGGCGGGCCGCCGCCGCAGGCCCACGCGGCCGCCGCGCCCGCCCCUGCCAGGGCUUAGAGGACUGCCCUUCCAGUCGGAAGGAGACCCAGCCAUUGCCCGGUAAGUCCUGGGCGGCUUCGCAGGUCAUGAUGUCUCUAGGAGGAUUUGCCUUCCCUGAUUGGAUUGGCCUCUUUCAGGGCCCUGUCUUCAUUGUCAGGGAAAACUGCGUGCGUCCAGACCCUCUGCCUCCCUCUGUCCCGGUGUGAGGGGAGGGCUCGGGCCGAGGCCCCCCCCUUCUCUCCAUGCCCUCCGGUCCCCAGCCAGGGCAGCCCUGCCUCUGUCCUGAGAUGAGAAGAGGGCCUCUGGCUGCUCAGGACAAGGGCUCACACCACUCCCCAGGAGACAGUGCCUCCCUGAGACUCCUUCCCUGCCUCCCUCCAGGUUUUGUUUCCGGUCAGCCGGCUCUUCCUUUGGCCAGGGGCCCACGCUCAGCAUUGCCCCAUGCCCUCAUUUCCAUGGGGAGUCCCUCCCCUGGUCUAUAGCCAUCAGCCCACCCGCUGCAGUGGCAGGCAGCCCAGACCUCGCACCGGUGGCAUUCUGCUCAUCCCAACGGCUCUCAAUCUGGCCCGCCCCGAAGGCCCCAGCUGCCACUUUCACUUCUGUCUCUGGAGACCCCAGAGGGAAGUUGGGUGGGGAGGUAGAAGGUGACACACUAACCGUCCCAACCGCCCCCACCUCUCCUCAGCGGAGGCCAGGGGCCCCUGCACACCAUUCUUGUCUACAUGACCAAUACGGGCGUAGGGGGCCAUGGAAGGGUUGGCUGCGGGGGGAGGGAUGGUGGUUAGAUCGCAGAAGGACUUCCCAGGAUGGGAGACCACUGCGGAGCACCUUGUUUCAGAGGGUGUGGCUGGAGGUGCAGGUAGUGGAACUGGCAGGACAGAGGCCAGACUUCAAGGUCAGCAGGGAAGUGCUUGUCUGUCCUAACCCAGAGGAGUGCCAUGUGGCACCUCCGCGCCCUCCCACGUCACCAGCUGCCCAUGCUUGGUUGGGUGGCUUCAAACAAAGCAGGUCUGAACCCCGGAGAGUACGAGAAGCCUGGGCCUUCAGACGUGCAAGCCCUCUCUGCGGCCCGACAUCUGUCUGCCUGCGCUGCCUGCCAGUUCCCCUGCUUCUGCACCCCGAUCCCCGGAGUAGACAGCGAGGCCAGUGCAGUCGCCCUUGCCUGCUGCUCGGCCCAGCCCUGGCACUCUUCCCGCGGGAGCCCCCAGGCAGGGGGAGCACCACCACACCUCCUCUGCCAGUCUCCUCAGGUCCCUGCUGCAGUGCCUUCUUCCUCCCCCAUCCCACCUGGACCAAGUAGGGGAGUCAGCUGGGCGCGGGAGCUCUUUGCAGAGUUUCUAAAUUCAGGAAUGCUUUCUGGAGGAGAAAGGUGGGACCAGAGGCCUGAAGUGCCAGGAACUCCUUGGGGGUCCCUAAGUACCUGGGCUUGCCGGGGUGGGGGUGGCCCACAUCCUGGAAUGGGAAGUUGAGCCUGAAGGAAUAAGGUCAGAGACACUAUGCAAAUCCCCUUGCAAAUGAGCAGCAGUGAGUCAUUGCUGCUCUGCCUGCUGGGGUGGGGCGGGAAGCAAAGCUUAGGCUCGGGCUCCAGAACAGCCCCCCCACGGAUGACAUGACAGUGACCUUGGGCCAGAUCACCGUAGUGCCCCUGGGCUAGACACUGUCCAGUAACCAGCAGCGGGAAGGCCCAAGCCCUGGAUCUGAUUGGCAUUCCAGGGUACGUGAGGGGGUGGGGAGGCUGAAACCUCUUCCACAUGGGCCUUGUGUGCCGCACAUGCAACCUGCGCUGGCCCCCGGGGUUCUCUGGGGUGGGGGGUCACUACUCAGAAAGCACCUGCUCUCCAUCAGCCUUGUGGCUGCUCUCCUCGGGCUGCGGGACGGGGGCCCCGCGCAGGCCAUCUGCACGGUCACCUCACCAUGGAAUCACAGUCCUAACCUCUCUUCCUUUCAGGCCUCUCCAUAGAGCAUGUCUGGACCGGAAGGGUGCUUACGUACUGCGUCCACUCCAGCUCUACCCAUUAGACUGGCCAGUGGGGCGAAGCCCUGAGAGACACACAGUGAGGGAAAGCCAGAGCGGGGGUUAGAAUCCAGGCACCCAGAAGGCGCCCUCUUUCCCUGGCCUGUUCUCGGAGGUCCCUUUCUACUGCUGUCCGCCAGCACUUCCCGAGAUCACCCCUAGUGGUUCUAGGACCUGGCGGUGGGGGCGGGGUGCCUUAGAGAUGGCCUGGAGAGCAGGAAGGCCAGGCCAGGGCCGGGUGGGAGAUGCUGCCGCCUCCCCGGGGAGCCGCACAGUCCACGGCUGCUCCCGGAAGGAUAAGUGCUAGACUGCAGGAAGGCUGGGCUGGGCUGUGGAGGCUCAGGAGACAGACCCUCACUGGAGAGGCGUCUUCUGGGCAGCAAACAGGAUGACCCCAUCCCAGGAAUUCUGCCAGGGACAGGAGGGCGGGAAGCCUGGGGUGGGGCGCGGAGUUGGCCCCCAGCGGAAGCGGGGUGGGGGGGCUCCUCUCGCCAAGCUCAGGCAGAGGCUACAGUGCCAGCCCCCACUGGCAUUCCUAGGGUGUCUGGACCUGAGACCACCCCUUCCCCAGGCCAGCUUUCCUGGACUGCCCCCCCUCUCCUCAGCCCGCCCCCAGGUCCCUUGUCGGUGAGUUAAAAUUAGCUCAGUGCCCAGGCUAAAAAUAGCCCCUGCCCAGCCCUGAGGCUGCGGGCUGGGGGAGGGGAGUCCCUGAGGGAGGGGAAGAUGGUGGGAACCUGGCUUUGGGUAGUAAGCCUGCCAGACGGAACUUUCAAGGGUUGGGGCCAGGGCCAGGCCUUCCAGAUCAGACCCUAGGCGCACUCCAGGGUGAAGGAAAGAGGCGGCCGUGGGAAGGGGGCGGGCUGGAGCCUGGGAGCGCCAGGAGCAGGCCACGUGUGGGAUGCGGAGAGCACAGUGCUCAACCCCAGCCUUGUGCACCUCACUCACUGCCCUCGUGGGACCCAGAGGAAGAUGGCCCAGGCCCUCACCUUGGGGACAGGGUCCCUGGGCUGGGUUCAGAGGCGGAGCUCAGUGCUGUGAGCCCCGGAGUCUGGUGGGCAGUGAGGGGGGCUCUGGGGCUUGAGCUGGGUGGCGCUGGGCCUUGGUGUCCCCUCUAUACCCUCUCAGGCCCUGCCUGCCCGCCCUUGGGAGGUUGGCUUGAGCCCAGAGAGCUGAGGUGCUCCUUCCCGGCCGCGUCUGGAGCCAGGCCAGGCCUCCAGGGGGCCUCCCUGCUGCUGCCGCCCUUGCCCUGGGUGGGACCUGCCCCUCCCUUGCCUGCCUCUUGGCUGGACUGCAAGUUCUCGGAGGGCAGGGAGGGUGUCCUGUCAAGUUGUGGCGCUGGCGCAGCUGCCCCCGGGCCAGUCCUGCAGGCCGCUGUGGAACCUGCCUCCUCGCGCCCCACCCCGCCUCCCUGCUGCUUUCUCUCACUCCCUCCUUUCCUGUGUCUGUGUGUCUGUCCCCCUCCGCCACCCGCCCUGUGUCUGCCUCACCCACGCCUCCUCCCUCGUUAGUGAGCAGGCUGCUUGAGGCCGCCUGACUGUGGGGGUGACAGGUGGAUUGGAUUGUCACCCCCUCCCCCAGCGCCUGCUGCUUAUUUCAUGCCCUGCAGCCCAGCCACGGGGAAGGGGCGGGAGGAGGGAUGACAGCUGUCUCCAGCGCCUCCUGCCUUCCCCUCCAGUCCAUAGCCUGCAGCCCCGAGCAGCCCGCGAGGGAGGGAUGAAGGGCCUGCCUAAUGAGAGCCCUUUUUCUUGCUGUGCACUGCGUGGCAGAGCAGGCCGAGCCCACUGCUCUGUGACACGGGGCCGCUUGCUCAGCCUCUCUGGGCGUCUGCUUCAUUUUGACCUGUGUCUCUGUAGGAGCCCUGCGGUUGCUCUCAUCCUCUCGGGCACAGGGGGACAGGGUAGACAGGGCCAGGCGGGUGUGGGGAGAAGGCACAGCUGGAGAGGGGACGGGGGCUGCCCGCAGCUCCCCAGGAAGGACAGCCCUGCCGCAGCUGCAGCUCGGGGGGCUGCCUGGCUGCUCCCCACUGGCCUCACACAGGUCACCCUCACACAGGAACUGAGAUAGCGUCAUUCUGAAACCCAAGCGUGGUUUGAAUAUUGCUCAGGUACCAAGAGGUGUCACGGUGGGGGCGGCAGCUUGCUGCUGCUUCCAUGUCCCCACCAAACCUGUCCCCCGCUGGAGCACCUUGUGCGCCUGGUUCCUACCUCAUUUGCAUGCAAACACAACCCACAGGUUUCUUUCAGGUCUGUAGCCCAGCGUGGAAACACAGCCAGUGGCCACCGUGGGGUCCCCCGGGUCCCUCCCUGCAAUCUCUGGUCCCUCGGCUCCUCUCACCCAGGGCGUUGUCAGACGGGCCUCUCGCCCUGCAUCCUCCCUGCUUUCUGUUUGCAGAGGCUUUGCUGCAGCCGCCUCUCUGCAGACAGCUGCUUUGUGCCUGCCUCCCUGGGGCCAGCCCAGCUGCCCUCUUCCCUCCUCCUCCGCAUCAGGCAGCCCCUGCCUCUGCCCACCCCCAGGAGGUCGGCCCGGCCUGACCCUGCCCUUUACAGGGAGCUGGGUGAAUCAGAAUCCAGCAGCUGGAGCCCCCAAAGGGGGUACUUGUGGUGACACAGGGGCUGCCAGCUCCAGAGGUCACGGCUGUGCCUGAGGUCAGCAUAGGGCAGGCCCUGGGGCCGUCAGAGCAAGAAGACCAUGCUAGCCAACCCCCUGCCCCUUUGGCAGCCCUAGCCUUCCCAAGCCUUGGACUCCAGAUACCAGGCAGAAUGAGAAGAGAGGGUUAGAGAAGCUGCCAAGGGCCGGCUCAUCUGAGGGGGCUUCCUGGAGGAGGAGUAGGCCGGAAACGAGACGAGGCAUGACAGCGGGCCAGACUGGGGAGGCAAGCUCACAUCUGGAGAACAGAUGCCCAAGCCUCUGGCUCCUGGCAGUUGGACGUUCCCUGAGCUCCUUACAGGGGUAGAGUAGUGAGAAACUGACGCGGUUCCUGCCCUCAGCAAGCUUCAGUCUCCUGGGGAACCAGACUGGAAAUAAGAGCACAGAAUGGAGGCUGUGCAGUAGGCGCCCUACAGACCAUGAACUGAGCGCCGGUCCCGGACCGUUCAUGAGCACAGCGUAAGGUGUGCCGUCGCCCACCACCCAGCAAGCCCCUCCCCUCCCUGGCACUGAGGAUCCCCAGAGAAGAUGGGGAGGAAAAAGAUUCAGAUUCAGCGAAUCACCGAUGAGCGGAACCGGCAGGUGACAUUCACCAAGCGGAAGUUCGGGCUGAUGAAGAAGGCGUAUGAGCUGAGCGUGCUGUGUGACUGCGAGAUCGCACUCAUCAUCUUCAACCACUCCAACAAGCUGUUCCAGUACGCCAGCACCGACAUGGACAAGGUGCUGCUCAAGUACACGGAGUACAACGAGCCGCACGAGAGCCGCACCAACGCCGACAUCAUCGAGACCCUGAGGAAGAAGGGCUUCAACGGCUGCGACAGCCCCGAGCCCGACGGGGAGGACUCGCUGGAGCAGAGCCCCCUGCUGGAGGACAAGUACCGGCGCGCCAGCGAGGAGCUGGACGGGCUCUUCCGGCGCUACGGGUCAGCUGUCCCGGCCCCCAACUUUGCCAUGCCUGUCACGGUGCCCGUGUCCAACCAGAGCUCCCUGCAGUUCAGCAACCCCAGCGGCUCCCUGGUCACCCCUUCCCUGGUGACGUCGUCCCUCACGGACCCGCGGCUCCUGUCCCCCCAGCAGCCAGCACUACAGAGGAACAGUGUGUCUCCCGGCCUGCCCCAGCGGCCAGCCAGUGCAGGGGCCAUGCUGGGGGGAGACCUCACCAGCGCGAACGGAGCCUGUCCCAGUCCCGUCGGGAACGGCUACGUCAGUGCCCGGGCUUCCCCCGGCCUCCUCCCUGUGGCCAAUGGCAACAGCCUCAACAAGGUCAUCCCUGCCAAGUCUCCACCCCCGCCCCCCCACGGCGCCCAGCUCGGAGCCCCCAGCCGCAAGCCCGACCUGCGGGUCAUCACCUCCCAGGGAGGAAAGGGGUUAAUGCAUCACUUGACUGAGGACCAUUUAGACCUGAACAAUGCCCAGCGCCUUGGGGUCUCCCAGUCUACCCACUCACUCACCACCCCAGUGGUUUCCGUGGCAACACCAAGUUUACUCAGCCAAGGCCUCCCCUUCUCUUCCAUGCCCACUGCCUACAACACAGAUUACCAGUUGACCAGUGCGGAGCUCUCGUCCUUACCAGCCUUCAGUUCGCCUGGGGGGCUGUCGCUAGGCAACGUCACCGCCUGGCAACAGCCCCAGCAGCCCCAGCAGCCGCAGCCGCCGCAGCCGCAGCCGCAGCCACAGCCGCCGCAGCCCCAGCCGCCGCAGCAGCCGCCGCAGCCCCCUCAGCAGCAGUCCCACCUGGUCCCCGUGUCACUCAGCAGCCUCAUCCCGGGCAGCCCCCUGCCCCACGUGGGUGCAGCCCUCACGGUCACCACCCACCCCCACAUCAGCAUCAAGUCGGAACCCGUGUCCCCCAGCCGAGAGCGCAGCCCUGCGCCACCCCCUCCAGCUGUGUUCCCUGCUGCCCGCCCGGAGCCAGAUGACAGCCUCAGCAGCCCAGCUGGGGGAGCCUACGAGACGGGGGACCGGGAUGAUGGCCGGGGGGACUUCGGGCCCACGCUGGGCCUGCUGCGCCCAGCCCCAGAGCCCGACGCUGAGGGCUCAGCUGUGAAGAGGAUGCGGCUCGAUACCUGGACAUUAAAGUGAUGGCUCCCACUCCCUCCCCUCAGCCUCCCUGAUGAAGAGUUGACAAUCUCACCGCCCGCCCUCCCCGCCUGGGCUCCUCCCGCUCGACCCCCACUUCCUUUGUUGUGCUCCGUGUCCUGUUGACGGUUACAUUUGUGUAUAAUUAUUAUUAUAUUAUUAUUAUUAUUAUAUUUUUUUUAAUUUGGAUUCUCGCUUUGGAGAGGGGAUGCUCUCGUUCCCUCUUUCUCCACCUCCCCCCGUUUUCACUGGCUGGGGGCUCUCUUUUUUGCGGGAAGGGGGGGACACUUUGCACGUUGUACACAUAUGCUGCAGGAAGGGGGUGGGGGCCCAGUAGGCCUUGGGGAAAGGACAGGUGCCGAACCCACCCCAUCCCCCAGAUAGAGGGAAAUAACCAAAAAAUUACCAAACAACAACAACAAAAAAAACCCUGUACAAUAGACUGAAACCCCAAAGUUGGCUUGAUGAGUAGGUUUGUGUUACAAGGGGAGAGUAAGGCACAGGUUCUGAGCAGGAUCUCUGCUUCUGGGCUGUUCCCAAGGCCCCAGGCACGCCUGGCCCCGAGCACCCAUGCACGCAGGUGCACGCACACAGGUCAUGCUCACUGAUCCUUGUGUGCGCUGCACCCCCGAGGCACGUGGGUGCUGGCUGAGCCUUUGGGUGGGGCAGACUGCAUGGGGAUCCGAGGCUGGGGGCAGGAUUUCAGGUGGUGCCUGUCUGGAAGCACAUUUGGAGAGAGAGAGAGCCAUGAGGAGAGGGCUGAGGGGUGGCGGUGGGGCCAGAGAAGGGCUAGGCCAGGUAAGGGUCAGGCCCCUCCCUCCCCCAGCUUUUCUCUAAGAUACACAGUGCAAUAGCUCCCCGGCCCUCGCUGGUCGCCGGCCCCGUGAAGCUGGCCACCACGUGUGGGGAGAAUCGGGGAGAGGAACUUUAGUGAGGGGGCUGGUGGGGGGAGGCGUGAGAAUGGGCCUCGGGCCUCCCUGGGUGCCUGAAGGCCAGAACCCUUCCGUGGGACGAGGGCGGGAAGGGAACCUGGUCCACCCUGCACCUGCGCUUAGAGAGGAAUGGCCACCAGGACAGACUGCAGAGGCCCAGGUCCCUAUGGGUGGGGUCCCAUCUGUGGGGGUCCACCUCCCUGCCUCCUCCCAGCCCCUCCUCCUAGCUCCCUCUGCUCCUGACCCCACCUCCCUGCUCUUGGCACCUCGCCUGCCCUGGUCGUCUGGCUACCUCCUUGUCCCACCACCUCCAGGCCGCAUCCCACCUUCCCUCUUGGCUACUGUAAUUGUAAAUAGCGACCUUUGGAAAACGUUAGCGGUGUACCAGUCCAGGAAACUGUUGUUGUUGUUGUAUUGAUAUGAAAUGAGAAUCUAUUUUUGUCACAGUAUAUUGUAAUAAUAACGACUCAAACGGCCCGAACUGUCCAGAGGCGAUCUGCUGUUGUUCUUGCUCCCCACCCCCAAGGCCGCAAGGGGCCCAAUCAGAGAUCAUCCUGGAGGGGUGGGGGGCAGCCUGUGCUCCACCACCACCCCCGCCAGGGACCGGGCCUGGAGCGACAGGGGCUGGCAGGCUGGAGUCCGCCCCAUUCCUCCGGGCAAGCCCCGUCCUCUGCCUGGGGUGCAGCGCUCCCUUGGGCGUCCUCCCAGUUGGCGUGGCGAGUAGAGCCACAAGGCCCAGGAGGUAGAUGACCGUCCUUGGCUGCCCCAGGGACCUGGCCUCGCACAGUAUUCUGACACUUGGCGCAGGGAAGGAACCAGAGCAGAUGGGUGUGUGCGACCACACCGGCCCUGAGCGUGUUCAGGAGGGCAUCUGGUAUUUAUGUGUCUGAGUGUCCCUUUGUAUUUAUGUGAGUGUGUGUGUGUGUGUGUGUGUGUGUGGUUGCAGGGCUGUCCCUCUGUGUGUCUCUGAGCCUGGCUGGGUGUGGCUGCGUGUGUCUGUGUGGCUGCUGUGUGUUUACAAAGGGACGGAGGCUGUCCCUGCUCCCCGCUGCACGGGCUGGCUUCCGGCUCUGAGACCCUGGCUCCCUCCUUCCCACCUCACCCCGCCCUCAGCUCUUAACCGACCCCGUGAAACUGCAGGGAGGGGCUUUGGCAAAGGCCCUCUGCUUCGCCCUGCAGCCUACCUCUGCGGGAGUUGGGGGCUCCGCCAGGAGCCUUUGCCUCCACACACAGGUGCCCUGCUCCCCCCAGCCUCGUCCUGCUUAUAGAGCAGCGCUGUCUAGGUCCUGGGCCUUGCCAAGCUCUCCCUUGCUCACGGCAGACCCCACCCGCUCCCCGUGCCAGGACCCAGCAUGCCCAGCACCCCAGCCUGCCCCCCACAGGGUGUGUCCAGGGCUGAUGAGAUGCGGUCAGGCCCUGGAAGAAGCCAGGGUGCAGUGUUGCGCGUGCAUGCAUCCCAGGACCCUGCCCAGUGCCUGGCACACAGUAGGCGCCCAAGAAAUGCUGAAUGGUGAGUGGAUAAAUGAUAGGUGCUCAAUAAAUGUUGAACGACCGGCCUUCCCUACUCAGGCUGUUCCCGCCAUUCGUCCACCCGCCUCGCCAGGCCGGGCUUGGCCACCGUUAAACACGGGGUGGGGCCCAGGCCCUGCAGUUCACGGUGCAAUAUUUACCAGUUUUGCCCUCUGCCUCCUAAGGCAAACCUGGCUUUGAUGACCGUGUGUGGAUGUGUGUGUGCGUGUGUCCUUUCUUUUCUGUCCCUGGAAGGGGGGGUGUCUAUGAAUGAAUAUAUGACAUUUCUACAAUUCAGUAUCCCAAGGUUUCAGGGGCUGGGGGUGGGGGUUGGGUUAGGGGCUCCUGGCCGGCCAGAUGAAUGGGUUCCUGGGAACCCAGCCUCGAGUGGGGACUUAACUUCAGUUUUCUUCCUCUCACAAGCCAAAUUUGCCUCCACCCACUCCCUCUGAAGAACUGGGCAUUUGCCAAAGUAACCACUGGAGUUGUCCAAUGCCCCUCCCUCCCCAGGUUUCCCACAGCUUCAGGGACAGAGAGCAGGGGACCCCCUCCCCGCGCUCAACAGAACACACCGGCUCCCUUCCCCAGCAGUGCACUGCCCCCGCCCGCCCGGCCCUCCCACCUUGGACAGGAAGGAAGCAAUGCACCUUCUCUUGCUCAUUAUUUAUUUGUUUGGAGAGACAGAAGCGAUGUAAAAGUGUAUCUAGAAAUAUCUAUAUCUAUAUAUUUUUAACUGACUUUGGAAUCCCCUGGGGUGGGGUGGGGGUGGCGUGGGCUUUUCCUGGAGGGGAGGAGACAGGGAGCCUGGGAACUCCUUGUUCACUCUCCUGCCUCUCCCCGCACCCUGAACAGUUGGUAGAAGGAAUGGGGUUUGUAUGGGGGGAGGGGGCUGGAAUGUUCCAUGGAGAAUCUGGAUUCUCUCCUCUUCCCCAGCAAGUCCCAGAGGGCGGGAGGGGGUAGGGGAGAGGGAAGGAGGGGUGGGGCGGGCCACGGAGGUGCCCCACCCCCACACCAGACAAUCACCCACACUCCUGGGGCUGCUCCUGGGUCCUGGGGCAGGGCGAGUCCAAGUGUGUGGCUGUUGAUUUGUUUUCAAUAUUUCUUUUCGUGCUGUAUGGUGAUGCUUUCUUAGUAUUCUACACAAUAAGAAAAGACAAAGUCCUCGAGAUUCUUAUGAGUUUUGUUUGAAAACUCUUUCACUAUAUUUGUUGUAAAGAGGUUUACUAUUAAAAGAAAAAAUACACGUUUCUGAUA